CCCCACCCCCAAUCUGCCCUUCCUUUCCCAGUCUCAGUCAGAAAAUUUUCCCCUCCCCUUUCUGGAGCUGCCAACCCUCCACCUAUUUCCGAUUUCAGGCCGGAACCGGAAGUUCGGUGGGCGGGCCCGGCGGCGGAAAACGCAGAGGAGCCGGAGCCGGGACUCGGCUGUGGCCGCUGUCCCUGUCCCCGCCACGGAUCGCCGUGGCUUCAGUCUGAAGGUCGGUCCGGAGACGGGUGGGCGCGGCUCUCCCCCGGAGUGUCGGGGUGGCAGCCUUCCCGGGCCCCCCGGGCUCCGUGAGGGAUCAUGUCUACAGCCUCCGCCGCUUCCUCCUCUUCCUCGUCUUCUGCCGGUGAGAUGAUCGAAGCCCCCUCCCAAGUCCUCAACUUUGAAGAGAUCGAUUACAAGGAAAUCGAGGUGGAAGAGGUUGUUGGAAGAGGAGCCUUUGGAGUGGUUUGCAAAGCUAAGUGGAGAGCAAAAGAUGUUGCUAUUAAACAAAUAGAAAGUGAAUCUGAGAGGAAAGCUUUUAUUGUAGAGCUUCGACAGUUAUCCCGUGUGAACCAUCCUAAUAUUGUAAAGCUAUAUGGAGCCUGCUUGAAUCCAGUAUGUCUUGUGAUGGAAUAUGCUGAAGGGGGCUCUUUAUAUAAUGUGCUGCAUGGUGCUGAACCAUUGCCAUAUUACACUGCUGCCCAUGCAAUGAGUUGGUGUUUACAGUGUUCCCAAGGAGUGGCUUAUCUUCACAGCAUGCAACCCAAAGCUCUAAUUCACAGGGACCUGAAACCACCAAACUUGCUGCUGGUUGCAGGCGGGACAGUAUUAAAAAUCUGUGACUUUGGUACAGCCUGUGACAUCCAGACUCAUAUGACCAAUAACAAGGGGAGUGCUGCUUGGAUGGCACCUGAAGUUUUUGAAGGUAGCAAUUACAGUGAAAAAUGUGAUGUCUUCAGCUGGGGUAUUAUCCUUUGGGAAGUGAUAACACGUCGGAAACCCUUUGAUGAGAUUGGUGGCCCAGCUUUCCGUAUCAUGUGGGCUGUUCAUAACGGUACUCGACCACCACUGAUCAAAAAUUUACCUAAGCCCAUUGAGAGCCUGAUGACUCGUUGUUGGUCUAAAGAUCCUUCUCAGCGCCCUUCAAUGGAGGAAAUUGUGAAAAUAAUGACUCACUUGAUGCGGUACUUUCCAGGAGCAGAUGAGCCAUUACAGUACCCUUGUCAGUAUUCAGAUGAAGGACAGAGCAACUCUGCCACCAGUACAGGCUCAUUCAUGGACAUCGCUUCUACAAAUACCAGUAAUAAAAGUGACACUAAUAUGGAGCAAGUUCCUGCCACAAAUGAUACUAUUAAACGCUUAGAAUCAAAAUUGUUGAAAAAUCAGGCAAAGCAACAGAGUGAAUCGGGACGUUUAAGCUUGGGAGCUUCCCGUGGGAGCAGCGUGGAAAGCUUGCCCCCAACCUCCGAGGGCAAGAGGAUGAGUGCUGACAUGUCUGAAAUAGAAGCCAGGAUUGCUGCAACCACAGCCUAUUCCAAGCCUAAACGGGGCCACCGUAAAACUGCUUCAUUUGGCAACAUUCUGGAUGUCCCUGAGAUCGUCAUAUCAGGCAACGGACAGCCAAGACGUAGAUCCAUCCAAGACUUGACUGUUACUGGAACAGAACCUGGUCAGGUAAGCAGUAGGUCAUCCAGUCCUAGCGUCAGAAUGAUCACUACCUCAGGACCAACCUCAGAAAAGCCAACUCGAAGUCAUGCAUGGACUCCUGAUGAUUCCACAGAUACCAAUGGAUCAGAUAACUCUAUCCCAAUGGCUUAUCUUACACUGGAUCACCAACUACAGCCUCUAGCACCGUGCCCAAACUCCAAAGAAUCUAUGGCAGUGUUUGAACAGCAUUGUAAAAUGGCACAAGAAUAUAUGAAAGUUCAAACGGAAAUUGCAUUGUUAUUACAGAGAAAGCAAGAACUAGUUGCAGAACUGGACCAGGAUGAAAAGGACCAGCAAAAUACAUCUCGUCUGGUACAGGAACAUAAAAAGCUUUUAGAUGAAAACAAAAGCCUUUCUACUUACUACCAGCAAUGCAAAAAACAACUAGAGGUCAUCAGAAGUCAGCAGCAAAAACGACAAGGCACUUCAUGAUUCUCUGGGACCUUUAAAUUUUAAAAUAUGCAAAGAAAGACUUUUUUUUUUUUUUUUUUUUUAAGGAAAAGAAAAGCCCUUAUAAUGACAAUUCAUGAGUAUUAGCUUUGGGGCGUGUUCUGAAUGCCAACUGCCUGUAUUUGCUGCAUUUUGUUUCGUUUCAUCGUUAAUUUUCUUUUUCUUAUGGUGGACAUGCAAUUCAACUGUCUCCUUGUAUAACAUGGGGCAUCUGUGACUUGAAUAAGCAGCAGUUCUCAACUUCAAAACAGAGGCAGUGAACCAUGGCUGUAUAUGCAUGCUCAUUGUGUGAAGGCUAGCCUAACAAAAACAGGGGGUAUCAAACUAGCUGCUAUGUGCAAACAUCGUCUUUUUUUCGAGGUGGAACCUCAAGAAUGAUUUUGUUCUUGUAUCUCAUCUCAAAAAACAAUUUUUUUUUUCCAAAAGAUGGUAUAUACCAAGUUAAAGACAGGGUAUUAUAAAUCUAGAAUAAUCAGUGGUACAUUAUAGAAAUGCAGAACAUUUAAGGAUAGUUGCAAGUGAGGGCUCUGAUGCCAGCAUCCUUCAAUCAGUACUGAACUUAGUUCCAUCCAUAAAAUAUUUAAAGGUAAGUGGUGGUUGCUGUAUUUAACGAAAACAUUUCAUUGGACUAAAAUAUGACUAUGAUACAUUGAACAAAAUGGAACCUCUUUUUUAAGAUAAAAAGAUUUUAAUUUUGUGAUUGAGUGUAUGUGUGUUGAAACUGUAAAGAUUUUAUCACUCUAAUAGUAAUACCUCUUAAAUGAAAUUAAAAGGUAAAUGAACACGAUCCAGCUUAAAUGAUCAUUCCUUCCUGCAAUGAUUAUUGGAUUGUUUUAGUUUAUAUUUGAAAAACUAAAGAGAAAUAAUUGAAAAUGGAAAUAAUUGCUCCAGCUAAAAGGCUUGGGCUUAGAUUUCUUUUAUGAUACCAAAAGAGUAAAAAACCUGGCAAAUCAGGAAAGUUAGUAAGGAAAUUAAAGAAAUAAAUACAGAUUCAUGAAGUAUACUAUUUAUGAGCAUUGGAGUAAUUGAUUUUCCUUGCAAGCCCAUCCUAGAAUGCCUGCUGCCUUUCAACACUUUUAAGGGAAUUUCAACACUUAUAAAGAGAAAAUUUAUAUUGUUAACAAUAACUUUGCUACCAACUUUGAAAAUAAAGGUAAUAAAUUCAUUGAAAUAAUAGACUAUAUAAGCUCUAUUUUUUCAGUUGGUAUUAAAAUAAAUCACAUUUUGAUACCAGUACAAGGUGUCUUUUAAACAAGGAUGUCAUCAACCUCAUUUUUAUAGCAUUAAUGUUUUAUGAAGAGAAAAUUAAAAAUGAAAGCAUAAUUGCUGUGAUUAUUAGAAUUACAUCAUGAUUGUAUUGUAGUUUUGCUCUGUUUCAGAUAAGCAAGUUGAUCUAAGAAGUUAUCAAAACUAUUCUUAAAAAUGCUAAAGCAGGUAACUUUUUCUUCUGUUAUUUUUUUCUCCUCCUUCUGAGUUUUAUAAUGUAUUCCUGUGUAUACAAGCAAUAAAGGUAAAAGACAGUUUGUACUAAAC